GAACUAAAAAGAUCGUGUGCGCGGAUGUGCUGUGUCUGUAGUGACUUUUUCCGGGCCUCUUUUUUGGGAGAAGGUACCAGUCUGCCUCGGUGAGGCAGAAAAAGUCCGUGAUGCCAUUGGGCUUUGCCCUUCUAGAAAACAAGCUCUAGCUGGACGGUCCAGAGGCUCCAAUGGCUGCGGGCUCUGGGGUCGCCCCGCCACCUCUCGGCGUUGGGCUUUGUGCGGUGAAAGUGGAGGAGGACUCUCCCGGGAGUCAGGAGCCCUCCGGUUCCGGAGAUUGGCAGAAUCCCGAAACUUCUCGAAAACAGUUCAGACAAUUGCGCUACCAGGAAGUAGCCGGCCCUGAGGAGGCGCUGAGCCGACUUUGGGAGCUCUGUCGGCGGUGGCUGAGGCCGGAGCUGCGCUCCAAAGAGCAGAUCAUGGAGCUACUGGUGCUGGAGCAGUUUCUUACCAUCCUGCCUCAGGAGCUCCAGGCCUACGUGCGGGACCACUGCCCUGAGAGCGGGGAGGAGGCUGCGGCUUUGGCGCGGACUCUGCAAAGAGCACUGGACGGGGCCUCCCUCCAGAGCUUUGCAACUUUCAAGGAUGUGGCUGAAUCUCUGACCUGGGAAGAGUGGGAGCAGCUGGCUGCAGCUCGGAAGGGUUUCUGCCGAGAGAGCACAAAGGACCCUGGGAGCACAGUUGGCCCUGGCUUGGAAACCAAAGCUGUGACCACAGACGUGAUUCUAAAGCAAGAAAUGUCAAAGGAGGCAGAGUCCCAGGCAUGGCUACAAGAAGUGUCCCAGGGAAAGGUCCCAGUAUUUACCAAAUGUGGUGAUACCUGGGAGGACUGGGAGGAACGGCUUCCAAAAGCUGCCGAAUUGCUGCCGCUCCAGAGUUCUCCUGAAGAGCAAGGACGCACUGCCAUCCCGCAUCUCCUCGGCGUGUCCAAAGAUGAAAGCGAUUCUAAAGAUAAUGAAUUUGGGAACAGCGGCAGCUUGGUCCUUGGUCAGCACAUCCAGACAGCAGAGGGUCUGGUCACCAAUGGUGAAUGUGGGGAGGAUCACAAACAAGGCUUACAUGCGAAAUGCCACACGGUGAAGCCUCACAGCUCUGUUGACAGUGCUUUGGGGCUUCUUGAGAGCCAGAGGCAUUUCCAAGAAGGCAGACCUUAUAAGUGUGAUAGCUGCGAGAAGAGAUUCAGACAGCGCUCAGACCUCUUCAAACACCAGAGGACUCACACAGGUGAGAAACCCUAUCAGUGCCAAGAAUGUGGGAAAAGCUUCAGUCAGAGUGCUGCCCUGGUGAAACACCAGCGGACACACACAGGUGAGAAGCCAUAUGCAUGCCCAGAAUGCGGGGAAUGCUUCAGGCAGAGCUCACACCUCAGUCGGCAUCAGAGAACCCAUGGCAGCGAGAAGUACUGUAAAUGUGAGGAGUGUGGGGAGAUCUUUCAUAUCUCCAGCUUAUUUAAACAUCAGAGACUGCAUAAAGGGGAGAGACCACACAAGUGUGAAGUCUGUGAGAAGAGCUUUAAACAGCGCUCAGACCUCUUUAAGCACCAGAGAAUCCAUACAGGAGAGAAGCCCUACAUGUGCUUUGUCUGUGAGAGAAGAUUCAGUCAGAGUGCAACCCUCAUUAAACACCAGCGAACUCACACUGGAGAAAAACCUUAUAAAUGUUUUCAAUGUGGCGAAAGAUUUAGACAGAGUACACACCUUGUCCGACACCAAAGAAUCCAUCACAAUUCAGUCUCUGGGCUUAGGGCGGAGAAGCAACAUGGUAACUUCCUGAGCUGGUGACCCUCUGGAUGCAAAGAAUGGAAAUGCCCCAUUCGCCUAGCGCACUGACCCAUCGAGGGAGAAAUUGACCCCUCCACAGCUGCAGUUUAUGCGCCAGGUACAACUAGCCCAGUGGCAGAAAACACUGCCACAGCGGCGGACCUGGAACAUCGUGACACCCCCCCCCACCCCCCCCCGGGCAUCGGGGCCCUGGUGUUAGCUAUUUAUGGUUACACCUUCUACUCAGUGGCCCAGGAACAUUUCCUUGAUGAGCUGGAAGAUGAAGCCAAAGAUGCCCGAGCCCGAGCUCUUGAGAGAGAGAGAGAGCAUCAGGACCCUAACUGUACGGACCAUCCUGAAACUGCUGGAGCCCCCGUACAUGUUGAAUGAUGCCUGGUGGUCUCACAGCAUCACUGGCAUAGGAACUGUGGACUAUGAUUGAGCCCAAGAAGCCACAGACUAUGCAUUUGGCUACUGCCAAGGGGAGAUUGCUCACGUCACAUGCAGUUUGUACAUUUACUCAGCCCCUUUUUAUUUCCUUGUUUGAGAGGUAUGCACGACCUUGCCUUUCCCCAAACUCUGUGGUUUACCUCUUCACCUCCCAGGGGCCCAACUGUUAAGGGGGAGGGUGUGGCCUAACUGCAGAGUUGGAACCAAAGUGGGAAAGAUAGGGUCAAGUAAAGAGUAAU